AUGUACCCGAAACCUAAAGCUGUAGAAAUGGCGAUGCACACAGCCUUCAGCCGCUUGAAAGAAAUCUUCAACACUCCACACUAUGUUGAACGGCGGGUCGAUCAAAGUGUCGUUGAGAUCGUUAUUGCCCGAAUUACGGCCGCCAUCAGAGAAACAGGAUGUAUUGAGACAUAUUCGGCCGAGUUAGUCGACGUGCUUGACAGCUGUCUGAGGCAUCCGAUGACUGUAUUGAAUUCUGAAGGCGAAUAUGUCGAUUCACCCCAUUGUAAAAUUGCCUCCGACUUACUAAGCAGUUUGUUUUUGCACUACGCCAAGCGUUCUGUGAUGACAUUGACGUUGCCGGUAGCGAUGAAAGCGGUUGGAUCGUCAAAUCAGGAGCUGGUCCGUAAUACAACCAGUUACAUUUCGCUUGCCGCCAUUCAUAAUGGUAAAGCGUUGUCGCAUUAUGCUCUUCAGAUCAUCGCCUAUAUUAUUAAUGGUAAUCAUUCCCUGUUACGAGUACUGCCACAAGUCUAUGCAGAUAAUCGAGAGCCAUUUCAUGCUCAUAUACCACAAUUAUUGUCUGUCCUGAGGGAUGCUGAUUGUUCAGAAAAGCUUUCCUUACUCCAGUUGGCUAGUAUGAUCGCCAACGAAAAGCCAGAUCUUCUGACACCAUACUUGUCGCAAUUCGAUCAGUACCUGUUAUCACCUUCCACCUGUACUGCAGUACUGAACAUCUAUAUGUCGUUAAUAUCGCAAGGUCGAGCCCAUACUCUUGCUCCCUUCCUCUCCACCUUGUCGAAGGCAUGCCAAAUGCCAGCAUUCAAUGGGAAUCUUGCAACGAUUUAUAAGGUAAGCCUCAUUACGUUUACGAUACUUUUUCAUUUCGCAGCUAUGUCGCCCAUUGUCGUAGCCUGUCGCUCGAUAUUACGCUUUCUGACUCGAAUAGGACCUUAUAUUAUGGGCAAUAUUGGACGAGUUUCACAACCGUUAGCUUCUGAUGUGCUAGAAGAACUUGUCCGAAAUGCACAGCACACUGACGACGAACAACUAUUGUCAACGAUUCUCACGGAGAUUGAGGGUAAGUUCCUUGUACUAUAA